UCAGCCACGCGUGUGUUUUUCAAACUGAGGUGUUGAUUUGAUAGCAGAAAACAUUCAUGAGAUGGCAGAGGAGAGAACUGAUUAAACAUGGACCUAUCACCAAGUUGCCUUGGGGUUUAGGGGAGUGUGCAGUGAAGAGGAAAUACCUCAAGGAAAAACACUUCUACCUGAUGCCGCUGAGGCAUUGGUGCCACCGGCUGUGGUGUCACACGUAGCUUAUGUGCACUGGUCAGGAGGUACGCGGCCAGAGGCACAGUGCGUUAGUGUGGCAGUCGUGAAAAGCAAGAUAGCAGGAGGGAAGGGAACCGUUCACAUGCACUGUUUACUCUGCUGAUGGACAAUUUUUCCUGCCCACUUAGGUGGACACUCACUGACCUGUCCCUAACCUGUCACAGGUCAUCCCACAAAGCUCUGGGGUACAGGUCUGAAUGGACUGCCAGAGCUAUCUCAUCUCACCCUGCACCCAGUCCCCUGCCUCCUAAGACUCAGAGCCAGCAUUGGACCUGGAAAAAUCAUAUGGUGUGAACGGCAUGUCUGUGGAUGAGAAGCCUGACUCCCCCAUGUACGUGUAUGAGUCCACAGUCCACUGUGCCAACAUCCUCUUGGGCCUCAAUGACCAGCGGAAAAAGGACAUUCUCUGUGACGUGACUUUGAUCGUGGAGAGGAAGGAGUUCCGGGCCCACCGGGCUGUGCUGGCUGCAUGCAGUGAAUACUUCUGGCAGGCGCUGGUCGGACAGACAAAAAAUGACUUGGUGGUCAGCUUGCCUGAGGAGGUCACUGCCAGGGGCUUCGGGCCGCUGCUGCAGUUCGCCUACACGGCCAAGCUGCUGCUCAGCAGGGACAACAUCCGCGAGGUCAUCCGCUGCGCGGAGCUGCUGCGCAUGCACAACCUGGAGGACUCGUGCUUCCGCUUCCUGCAGACGCAGCUGCUGAGCGGCGAGGAUGGCCUGUGCGUGUGCCGCAAGGACGGCAGCCAGCGCCCGCGCAGCGCAGAGGACUCCGCAGGGGAGGACGAGGACGACGAGGAGGCCAUGGAGGCCGAGGCGGCCAGGACAGCGUGCCCUACCGGUCCGACGCUUCCAGACCCCAUCGGCUUGGAGGCUGCCGCCCUCCCGGUGGCGGACAAGGGGGAGGCCUUGCUGCCCGAGACCAGCGUGCCCAAAGACAGCUCGGAAAAGGACGCGCUGACACAGUACCCCAGGUACAAGAAGUACCAGCUGGCAUGCACCAAGAAUGUCUACAGCGCGGCGUCGCACAGCGGUUCAGGGUUUGCAGGCGCGUUCAGUGAAGAGAGCUCCAGCGGCGGCCUCCAGCCAGGGCUGGCCAGGGGGCAGAUUAAGAGUGAGCCGCCCAGUGAAGAGAACGAGGAGGACAGCGUCACACUCUGCCUGUCCGGAGAUGAGCCCGACGCCAAGGACAGAGCUGGAGACGUAGAGAUGGACCCGAAGCAGCCCAGCCCCGUGCCCGGGCCUGCUGCUCCUCCCGGGGCUGCCUGCCUGGAGCGGGCCAGGAGCCUGUCCUCGCCCUCCUGCUUGAGGUCUCUGUUUAGCAUCACAAAAGGUGUGGAGCUGUCUGGCCUGCCUGGUACAUCUCAGCAGCACUUUGCCAGGAGUCCGGCGUGCCCUUUUGACAAGGGGAUCUCUCAGGGUGACCUUAGAACUGACUGCACCCCUUUCACAGGGAAUUAUGGACAGCCCCAUGUGGGACAGAAGGACGUGUCCAGCUUCACCAUGGGGUCGCCCCUGAGGGGGCCCGGGUUGGAGGCACUCUGUAAACAGGAGGGUGAGCUGGACCGGAGGAGUGUCAUCUUCUCCUCCAGUACUUGUGACCAAGUGAGCACCUCGGUGCAUUCGUAUUCGGGGGUGAGCAAUUUGGACAAAGACCUCUCUGAGCCGGUGCCAAAGGGCCUGUGGGUGGGAGCUGGCCAGUCUCUCCCUGCCUCACAGGCCUACUCCCACGGGGGGCUGAUGGCUGACCACUUACCAGGAAGGAUGCGGCCCAACACCAGCUGCCCAGUGCCAAUCAAAGUCUGCCCACGCUCACCCCCCUUGGAGACCAGGACCAGGACCUCCAGUUCCUGUUCCUCCUACUCCUACGCAGAGGAUGGGAGCGGGGGCUCCCCCUGCAGCCUCCCUCUCUGUGAGUUCUCCUCCUCGCCCUGUUCCCAGGGAGCCAAGUUCCUUGCCACAGAACAUCAGGAACCAGGCCUGAUGGGAGACGGGAUGUACAACCCAGUCCGACCCCAAAUUAAAUGUGAGCAGUCUUACGGAACCAACUCCAGCGACGAGUCGGGAUCGUUCUCGGAAGCAGACAGUGAGUCGUGUCCUGUGCAGGACAGGGGCCAGGAGGUCAAACUUCCUUUUCCUGUAGAUCAGAUCACAGAUCUCCCAAGGAAUGAUUUCCAGAUGAUGAUUAAGAUGCACAAGCUGACCUCAGAGCAGUUGGAGUUCAUCCACGACGUCCGGCGGCGCAGCAAGAACCGCAUUGCGGCCCAGCGCUGCCGCAAGAGGAAACUGGACUGCAUUCAGAACCUGGAGUGUGAAAUCCGCAAGUUGGUGUGUGAGAAGGAGAAGCUGCUAUCGGAGAGGAACCAACUGAAGGCGUGCAUGGGGGAGCUGCUGGACAACUUCUCCUGCCUCUCCCAGGAAGUCUGCCGGGACAUUCAGAGUCCCGAGCAGAUCCAGGCCCUGCAUCGGUACUGCCCGGUCCUCAGACCCAUGGACCUCCCCACAGCCUCCAGUAUUAACCCUGCACCGCUGGGUGUCGAGCAGAACCUUGCAGCCUCCCAGUGUACAGUGGGGGAAAGUGUGCCCUGCUGCUUGGAGCCUGGCACGGCUCCCCCGGGCCCCCCUUGGGCACCCACUAACGCCUCUGAGAAUUGUACCUCUGGGAGGAGGCUGGACGGCACUGACCCGGGAGCCUUCUCAGAGAGAGGACCUCCUCUUGAACCCAGGAGCCAAACGGUAACCGUGGACUUCUGCCAGGAAAUGACUGAUAAGUGCACAACUGACGAGCAGCCCAGGAAAGAUUUCACCUAGUGACUGGGGUCUGCCUACCCAUCCUCACGCGCUCCUGCGCAGGUGUCCUUCAGCCAGCCUGUGGCACUGCUCAUCUGCUGUCCUGAAGAACCAAGACACCAUUUGGUGCACACUACAGUGGUCUUAGCAAUACUGUUGCGGAGUAUGCCCUCCUCGUUCAGGCAGGAGUCGUAGAUAGUUACCUUCACAAUGGUGCUACCCCUGCUCAGGCAGGGAAGAUGACGGUGACGACACUGUCUGUUUGUGGCUUAAUUCAGUCUUCACAGGGAUGGACUACAACACCUCUAGGACCCAACCACGGAUUUUUUUUCUCAGUGGCCCAUGUCACAAACCCUAUCUCAGGAAUUUCUUCUGAAUGUUCAAUUUUUUCAUUGAAGACAGCUUCUAUACACAUCAAAGUUUUAUAGCUAGACUGUACAUAGUAUAUAUAAUAUAUAUAAAAUAUAUAUAUAUCCAUAUGCAAAAGUCCUGCAUGCCUCAAUUUUCUCAUCUUAAAACUGGAAACUUCCUUUUUCAUUUAUCAACAGGCUCCAACAUUCCUCCUCUUUUGUCUGUGAGGCUAGAACUAGUUUGGUAACUGGUAACAUGGUCAUUUUUCUCACUUCAAAGUUCAAUUCGAUUGUUCUUAUUUAUGGACAAAAUUCAACAUUGGAAGCUUUUUUUCAAGGUUUUAUUUCAGACCUUUUUUUUGUUUGGUUUGGUUUUGGCCCCACCAAAUGGUGUCAUUUGAGCAUUGUGGAUUUGUUUUCCAGUUUGGGGUUGUUGUUGGGUUGUUGUUUUUUUUCUUGCAGAUACUGUACAGUGAUGGUCAGCUUUGCCACUUGCACUGAGUUGGGGUCAAACCUAUUUUCCUAAAUGAAGUUGUAACUUCAGUAUAACUCAAGUAUACUGUAUAUUCUUUGCUUUUAGUUAAAAAGUAAAACAUUUUAGCUAAUUAAAAAGCACUCAGGUGAUAAUUAUGUAGGAAAAACAAUCUUGCCAAAUAAUGAAUUUAUCCUAGGAUGUGUGGAGAAUAAUCUGCUUGAAUAUUUUUCUAUCUCACCUUCUCCCCACCUCUCCCUAAGCCAAGUCUAAAUGCAGAUAGAGAGUUUUGCGUUGAUGCUGGAUGUUCAGAUUCCUAAGUGGGGAGAGAGUUUGGACAUCUCACUCAAAAGAACAUCAGAACAGCAGGAAUCCAUGCUUUCAGACCAGAACUCAGCAGGCAUUGCUCCUAGAAAUCUAGAUAGAACUGUUUUCUCACCCAGGGAGUAAGUCCCAUCCACCUCGACACUUCAUCAGGCCUCCGCCUGCUCUUAAAAGUGUCGUACAGCAGGACCUUCACCUCUGAAGGACGUGGCUCGCCAGCCACCCUGCUCUCCUACCCAGGAUCGACCUCCCAGGACAUCUUGCCUGAGGGGACAUGAA